AUGAGCAGUUCACAACAACUUCACGUUCGCAUUCCGGAUUAUGACAUUAAAGAUCAGGAAUUCGUGGCUUAUUAUAUUCAAGUCAAGGCCCUGACUGAAGAAGCCAAGGCUCAAGCAAACGGCGUAAAGUCCUGGUGCGUGAGUCGUCGUUUCUCGGAGUUUGUUCGUUUGCGCUACUUGCUGCAACUGGAGCUUUCCACCUGUUUGAUUCCCGCCUUGCCAAGCAAGCACGAUGGGGCCAACAGUUCCUGGCACAAAUUUACCUCAGCUCUGCACAUUUCUGAUCCGGUCGGCACCUCGCUGUCCUCCCUAGACACCUUGUCUUCCGUGCCCCUACCAGGCUCUCUCACUGGUCGUCGCUUUGAUAUGGACCUGAUUGAUUCUCGUAAGCAAGCUCUGGAACUCUUUCUCGUCCGGUGUCUCCAACAUCCCCGUCUCGCAACUGCCAAGACCCUGUUUGCCUUUCUGCACGAGGGCUCAGCCUGGGAUGAACUCUUCAAGGCCAAGGUACUUUGGAUAUUUUUUUUCCCCUGCUCUAUUAGUGUUUUUGAAAAUAAUUAUAUAUAA